AUGGCCGGUGAGACUCCGCCUCCAGCGUUUUUGACCGCCAUGGAGCAUGUCUACGGGUCAAUAAGGUCUCUAUCCAAUGCAGACGCUUCCUCAUGGACCCCACCUCCCAUGUCCGAAGGCCACAAAGGCCGCUACCUUUGGACAGACAGCUUUGGCGUCGUUAAUCUUCUGACCCUGUACAAAACGAAAAACGAUGAGCGAUACCUGUCGCUGGCUCGGCAGCUAAUCCAUAAGGUGCAUUCAAUUCUAGGUUUCACACGCGACGGGUCGGCUCGUUUGCCCGGUGCAUCCGAGGAGUGGCCUUUAAGAGGAGGCUUACGUAUUGGCAAAGAGGACGAGUCAGGACCUGACGGUGACGGCCAAUACCAUCACUACCUCACAAUGUGGAUGUUUGCCCUAAGCCGGAUGACCCUGGCUUCGGGAGAUCCGUGGUACAACGAGCAGGCUGUUUCGUUGGCCGAGACUAUUCAUCCCCGUUUUGUGUACCCAGCCCCGCACGGUUCUGGCGGGAGACCACGCAUGGUGUGGAAAAUGAGCAUGGAUCUUUCCCAUCCCCUGGUCCGCAGCGAAGGGAAUCUCGAUCCCAUGGAUGGAUUUGUUGUCUUUUCGUUACUGCGGCAGGUGGCCGCAUCGAAUAUCCUAGAGAAGGAAAUUGGGGAGUACAAACGGAUUGUCGAUACCAAAUGGAAGGGCUACAGCAGUGACGAUCCGUUAGAUCUGGGUAUGACGCUGUGGACCGCACAUUGGUUCAAAGGAGAGCAAACGUGGGCGACGGGACUCGCUGACCGGGCAGUAGAAGACUUGGAUGACCUCUUUGAGCAAGACUAUUUUGAAGUGCCAACCAGAUACCGUCUUGCUUUUCGUGAAUUUGGAACCUGCCUUGGUAUUCGGAGUCACAACCUUGGGCCAGGAUGGGACGCUCGCGCUAGGCAAAUUACCUCUGCCUGGGAAAGAGCCAAGCUGGUUCCCGAUCCUGCAGAAGAACAUAAGUCCGGUCUCAUGAAUAAGCUUUUGCCCAUCACCCUGGUCAUGUACGCUACAGCACUAUAUCCCGGAGGCUUCCGCAAAGGGUUUUUCGACUCUUAG